AUGGCCGCCUCGCCCCUCGCGCCGGGGCCCGCCGCCGGGGCGGCGCGCGGCAGAAUGGCGUCGCAGUCGCGCGCCCACCCGCUGCGCCGCUCCACGGCCUGGCGCUCGCAGACCCUCGCCGAGGCGCCUGGCGCCGAGAGGAGGCCGGGGCGGGCGCGGAGCGAGGGUCCGGCGCGCGAGCUGAAGGAGGGCGUGGCCGGGGUUCGGCUCGCCGCGGCGUCGCCCCGCGCCGCGGCCUCGGCGGCGGCCCCGACGUCGGGCCCCGGCGCCAGGGGCGCCCGGCCGGCGCCAGAACGGAGCGAGGGCGCCUCCCAGCUGCUUCAGGACGCCUCUGCGGCCUGCGAGGGCGCGUUCGAGGCUGAGGACCCUUCUCGCUGCUCGGAGGCCAUCGGCCAGCUGGGGGCGGCGCUGGCGCGCGCCGGGCCGAAGGUGGGCAUGUCGUCUGAGGCGGCGAGGUUCUGCGCCAUGCUGUCCGCGGUCCUGCAGCACCCCUCGGGGGCCUGCCGCGAGGCGGCCGUGUGCGCCGCGGCCAGGGAGGUGGAUGUGGCGCUGCUGCUGCGCUCGGCGCCGCGGGCGCUGAGCUGUCCCAACGGGCUCGACACGGCCCGGCGGCUGCAGGUGGUCGAGAACAUCCUGCGCGCCGCCAGGAUCAUCGCGUCCGCCGAGGCUGGCGCGCUGGACCGCUGCCGGCAGUCGGGAGGCCUCGUGACGGCCAUGGAGGUAUGGCGCCAGGCGGGGCACGCCCCUGGCCCUCUGCGUGAGGCGGUGCAGCUGGCGCGGCUGUUCGUGCCAUCGCAGGCCAGGGCGGUCGUGGCCUCUGGGGGCGUCGACAUGGCCCUCGCCGCCUGGCAACGGUUCUCGCAGCAGCCCCAGCCCGUCUCGCCCGCCAGCAGCGGCCAGGCGGCGGCCUUCGACAUCGAGCGGCAUAACCUGGCGCUGCAGGCGACGGCCGAGCUGCUGCUUUCAAUGCUGCCCUUCGUGGAGGCCCGAAGGCUGCUGCCGGCCACAGGGCCCACGGUGCAGGCGUUGCAGCACGCCUCGUCGGCGCAGGGGUCGCAGCGCGUGCUGCUGCUGUUGCUGCAGCUGGCGUCCAAAAUGUCUCAGGACGCGGCGCUGGCGCAGAGCCUGGCGCAGCUGGGUACGCACAGGCUCGCGCUGGACCUGCUCGGCCGCGGGGACCUCACGGGCAGCGUGGCGAUGAGGCGCGCCAUGGCCAACGCCUGCGUCCACGUCCGCUUCGGAGCCUCCUCCGAACCGCGGAGGAGCUUGAGCGUCCUGCCCCGCCAGGUCGGCAGCGAGGACGCCUGCUCCGAUCGGCGGCCCGGUGCCGCGGGCACCUUCGGCUGGCUCAGCCGCCUCCCCGACGUCUGCCCAGAGCUGGCGGGCCUCGCGGUGCGCGGCCUGUCCGUGCCCCCAGCGAGCCUGCCGCAGCCUGCGGCGUGCGCGGCCGCGCUGCACAAACACCUGCAAGCGCUCUGCGAGCAGCGCACGCCGCGCGCCCGCACGGCGGUCUUUCCUCCGCCGGCCGGCGGCGGCGCUGCCGAGGUCGCGGCCGCCCCGGAGGGCCACAGCGAAGCUCCACUCGUCUUCGACGCGAGCUUCGAGGGCGCAAACCUCCGGUGCGCCACGCUGCUGGGCCCGUUCGAGUACGAGCUGCAGCUGUCCGUGGACCUCUGCAACCCGGCGCACUGCCAGUGGUUCUUCUGGCGAGCGUCUGGCAUGUCUCCAGGCCAGAGGUAUACGUUCCACAUCGUCAACUUGUGCAAGCCCGCAAGCUUGUUCGAGGAAGGCUCGCAGCCAGUGAUGCUCUCACGCCGGCGCUACGCGGAAACUGGCGUUGGCUGGACGCGCGAGGGCGAGGACGUCGCGUACUACGCCAACGGGGCCGUCCUGGGCAGCGGGAAGGAGGACGGUAGGUCCAAGCCGGCGCACACGCUGUCCUUCUCCGUGGUGUUCCCGCACCGAGAGGACGACGUGUUCUUUGCGCACUUCUUCCCGUACACCCACCGCGACCAGCGGCUGGACCUGGAGCGGUGGUGCGGAGGCAGGCCCCCCGCCGAGAUCGAGCGCCGCGAGCUGCUGCGCACCCCUGGCGGCUUGCCCGUCGACCUGCUGCGCGUCGGCGCGCCGCUGGGCUCCAAGCCCCUGGUGGUGCUCCUCGGGCGCGCGCACCCGGGGGAGUCGCCCGGCUCCUGGCUCAUGCGCGGCGCCUGCGACUUCCUGCUCGCCGACGGCGGCGAGGGGGCCACCGCCUGCCGCUCGGCGCUGUCGUGGCUGAUCGUGCCCAUGCUGAACCCGGACGGGGUGAUGCUGGGCAACACGCGCACGAACGCCGGCGGGGUGGACCUCAACCGGCGCCACCACGACGACUCCGCGCCAGAGACCUCCGUGCUUCGCACCGCGCUCAACGCGCUGUCCAGCCUGGGCUCGUGGCCGCCGCUGGCCUUCGUCGACAUGCACGGGCACUCCCGGCGCCGCGGCGUGUUCUUCAUGGGCAACGCCGGGUCCAGCGCGCGGCUGCCCUGCCUGCUGGCCCAGCGCUCGCCGCUCUUCGACCUCUCCGGCACCGUCUUCUAUGGCACCAAGGGGGGCAAGGACGCUGGCGUCGGGCGCGUGGCGAUGGCGGCGCGCGGCUGCCCCCACAGCUUCACGAUGGAGGCCUCCUUCGGCGCGCUGGGCGGCUCCGACCGGCUGCUGGCCCCGGGGGACCUGGAGGCGGUCGGGCGGGACUUGUGCCUCGCCGUGCGCGAGCUGACAGAGCCGGAACUGGAGCCGACGGUCCGCGGCGACGGCGUCUGGGCCUACGAGCUGAGGGGCAGCGCCGACCUGUCCGCAGCGGGCCGCUGGUGGGGCACCGCGUUUCCGCACCCCGUGCACCUCGUACACUGGGAGGCCCUGCUGCAGCAGGCGCCGCGGCCGGCGCCCUGCCGCGGCGCGGACGGCGCGGCCUGCACGCCGUUCGCGGAGGCGGACGCGGCGGGGCUGCCCGCGGACUGGGUGGCGGACCAGCGCAUGCGCAGCAGCCCUUGCCUGUCGCCCUUGCUCGCCGACGCGCGGAGGUCUGCGGGCGGGCAGCGGUGCCUCGUAGUGGCGCAGCUGUUCAACUCCGUGCGCUGGGGCUGCCACCAGGAGGACCACCUGCGCUUCUACCGCCGCCUGGCGCUCGCGCCCGACGUGCGCGAGGCGGCGAGGAGAGCCCCGAGCCCGCGAGCGGGCGCGAUGCCCACCGUUGCCUGGCGGUGCCUGGCCGCGCCCCCGUCGGGCGUGGGCGCGGCCGCCCUCCUCCUUGCCCAGUGCGGAACGGCCGCCCGCGCCGCGUGCGCGAUGCGCCCCGCCCGCCUGCGCACGAACGGCCUGCAGAGCCCGCUCGGCAUCCAGACGGAGGUCCCGACGUUCAGCUGGGCGCUGGAGGCGCUGACCUCGCCGCCGCCCCGCGGACAGGUGCAGUCUGGGUACCGCCUGCGGCUCUCCACGACUCCCGGCGGCCCAGCCGACGUCUGGGACUCGGGCAGGGUGGCCAGCAGCGAGAGCCUCCAGAUCCCGUUCGGGGGCAGCCCGCUGGCGUCGUCCCAGCGCAUCUUCUGGGCCGUGCGGGUCUGGGACGGGUCGGGCGCCGCCUGCCCCCAGAGCGAGGAAGCCUGGUUCGAGACGGCCCUCUUCCGCAGCGCGGACUGGCACGAGGCCACCUGGCUGGCGCGGUACGAGCCCCGUGCGCGACCGACCGAUUGUGAGAUGUAUGAGCGGAGCGAGCGCAACCAGGCACCAAGGUUUCGCACGGAGUUUGAAAUGCCACCCUCUGUGGUUGCCGUCUUGGCAUACGUUACCGGCCUUGGGUACUACCAGCUGUACAUCGAUGGGGCUCGCGUGGGCACAAGUCAGUUAGACCCAGGCUGGACCUCCUACAGCCAGAGAGUCUUGUACUCGACCUACGACGUCACAGACUUGCUGGUCGGGCGGGCGAACAUAAAAGAUGGCGGUGGCGAUCCCGGAGCGCGCCACGCGAUCGGAGUGGAGGUCGGGAACGGCUGGUGGAACCCGCUGCCGCUGAAGUUUUGGGACCGCCUGGACAUCCGUGAGGCGCUGGUGUCGCAGCAGGGGGAGGUCUCCCCAGAGCCCACGUUCAAGCUCUGCCUGCUCGCCAGGAGAGUGUUGGCUUCCAGCGCGCUCGGCGCCGGGGGCGGGCGGGCGGAGGGCUGGCGAGCAAGCGGCUCCCCGACCACGUUCAACAACGUCUACCUGGGCGAGGCGUACGACGCGAGAAUGGAGGGCCCCUUCUCUGGCUGGGCGGAGGCCGGGGCGCUGGGCCGCCUGGAGGCGCAGGGCGUGCCCCCCAUCUCGGCGGCGACGACCGGGGGCGAGUCCGCCGUGACCCUCGACGUGGGGCGCAACCUCGCGGGCGUGUGCCGGUACCGGCUCGAGGGGCCGAGCGGGGCAGAGGUGCGGGCGCGGUACGGUGAGCUCCUCAACGACGACGGCUCCCUCAACGUCAUGACCUCCGUGGCCGGCCAGAUCAAGGGCCACAACCCGGAGGCCCCGUGUCAGCCGGACGUGGCGGAGCAGCGGGACGUGCUGACGCUCAGCGGCCGGCCAGGCGGCGACGACUGGACCCCUUCCUGGACCUGGCACGCCUUCCGCUACGUCGAGCUCACGUUUCCGUCGGCCGUGUCCCUCGGGCCUCACAGUGUCGAGUGCUAUCCGAUGCGAUCGGACGUGGAUCGGGUCGCCAACUUCACGUCCUCCGACCCCUUCCUGCAGGAGCUCCGGGAGGUCGUGCGCAACACCUUCGACUCCAACAUGAUGUCCGUGCAGAGCGACUGCCCGCACCGCGAGCGCUUCGGCUACGGGGGCGACGCGCUCGCGUGCGGCGAGUCGGGGCACCUGAUGUACGACUGGUCCGCGUUCUACGCCAAGCGGGUGCGGGACUUCAACGACGCCCAGCGCGUGAUCGCCGGCGGGGCGCCCGCCGCCUUCCCGGAGACGGCGCCCUUCGUGGGCAUCAGCGCGGGCGCGCUCGCCCCGGGCGCGGGCCCGAUCGGCUGGGAGGCGUUCCAGCCGGAGGCGCAGCUGUGGCUCUACAAGUACUACGGGGACGUCCAGACGAUGAGGGAGAGCUUCAACGCGACGCGCGCCUUCGUCGAGCUGCUGGACUCCUCCCCGGCGGCCAUCCUGGAGGGCCUGGGCGACUGGAUGGCUGUGGAGAGCACCAGCUCUCGCUUCACGGGCCCCGUCUUCCAGCGCAUGAGCUACCUGGCCUUCGCGAACAUCACCGACAUCCUCGGGAUGCCAGAGCUCUCGAUCGAGUACCGGCGGAAGGCAGCGGCCAUCGACGAGGCCCUGAACGUGCAGUACCUGAACAGGUCCAGCGGCGAAUACGUGGCCUCCACCGACGGGCGGCUUCCCACCCAGUGCGGGCAGAGCAUCGCGCUCUUCAUGGGCAUCGCGCCCGAGCAUGUGAUCAGAGCCCGUCCUGCGCGUGCUGGAGCGGGAGAUGCACUCCGCCGCCUUCCUGCCCGGGGCGUGCCGGGGGGACUCCUUCGGGGCCCCCUGCAGGGAGGCGGCGGGCGGGCCGGGGCCGCACAUGACCGUGGGGAUGUUCUGCGUGAAGUGGCUGCUGAUGAGCUUGGCGGACUCGGGCAUGAACGACCUCGCCUACCAGGCGGUCUCGACGAGGACGUAUCCGAGCUUCCGGUGGAUGGCGGGCAACCCGUUCAGUAA